AUGGCUGAAGUUGAUUUUGGGGAUAGUGAGCUCUUUGAGCAGCUAGAUGACUGCGCACUGUCUGUCCCGAAGCAUAUUCGCUUCACAAGUGAUGCGGAAGACGAGGAAGAGACGAGCCAGCUCCCGAGCCGACUGGAGGAGUGCGACGACUCUAUUCAGAGGCUCACUGAGGAGAAUAAAGAGUUGAGAAGACGACUGAACAUCCGACCGAGCAACAUCACAGUUGAAGAUGUCAACAUCGACGGGCCAGCUCUUCAAGUAUUUUAUACCAACAACAUUAUUUCAAAGCUGUGUCGUCAAGAAAUUGAAGAUUGCAUCUGCAGUGUGAUUUUGAAGCACCAGAAACUGAGCAAUGAAAAGAAAAACACCAUCUUUCAAAUGAAACCUCAGAAUUCCGCAUUUUCGAUGGAUGGAGAUCUGCAGAAUUCGUCUUCCAGUAGUGUCGGAACAACAAAUGAAGCAUUUAAAGUCGUUGGAAGUGUCCUCUAUUUCACCACAUUCAGUGUUGAUAAACUUGGACAGCCUCUGGUGAAUGAAAACCCCCAGCUGACAGAUGGUUGGGACAUUUCAGCCUAUAACCAGGUGUUCAACCAAGUCAUUGGCACAGAUGGGCAGGACAUAGAGAUGAAAGACAAAAGAUCCAAAUCGAUGUGUUUCAACUGUGGUUUGAGUGGCCAUCAGCUGAGAGACUGUCCCAAGCCUAAAGACAUGGCUGUUAUAAAUGAGAGAAGAAAGGAGUUUAAUCAGAACAACAACAACCAGCCCAUGCAGAGUAACCAGCGGUACCAUGCUGAUGAGGUGGAGGAGCGGUUUGCUAAGUACAAGCCCGGAGUCAUGAGUGAGGAGCUGUUGACAGCCUUGGGACUUGAUGGCAACACCCUCCCUCCUUUAAUUUACCGCAUGAGGCAGCUCGGCUACCCACCAGGUUGGCUCAAAGACGCAGAGAUGGAGAACUGUGGCAUCACACUGUAUGAUGGAAAUGUUUCAAUUGUAGAUAAUUUAACAGAAGAUUCCAAUUCACAAAACAUCUCUUAUGAUGUUUCCAAGCUGGUUGACUUCCCAGGCUUCAAUGUACCUGCAUCCCAUGAAAUAAAAGAUGAGUUCAUGCAGUACGGUUCGAUUCCAAUGCAGACCAACCACUUAAAGCAAAACUACGCAGCCUACCUGUCCAAAAACUUCCCACAGUCUGAUGCCACCUGCAACAAGAGAAGGCUUGAAUCGGAGUCAUCUCCCCAGCAAAAGAAGAAGACGAGGUCCAGUCCUGAUGGGAGCUCCGAAAGGAGCUCUGACAUGGAUAUUGAAUCUGACCCAGGAACACCGUAUAAUCAUGGCCACAGGGAUUUCCAGUUCCAAACUCCGCUACCCCCUGGCUCCCCUUGCUUCAGUUCACCACCACCUUUACCCCGGGGCACUCCUCCGGCUACACCCACUCCCCCACCACUCCCUAAAGGUACCCCUCCUCCCACACCCACUAACGGCUCCCCAGCUCUGCGGGGGAAUAAAUGGGUAGUCGUUGAUGACGUUGCGGAUGGAACGGAGGAUGAAUUGACAUUGGAGGAACUAGAGGAGCAGCAGAGGCUGAUUUGGGCAGCUCUAGAAAAUGCUGACACCGCCUCUAAUAGCGACUGUGAGACACCUGCAGUGGGAAAACCUGUACCCAGUUCAACAAGUGUGCCCACACCUGCUAAUGUCUGCACCCAAACGGAGGUAGUUGACGAAGUGAUGGACACAACAAAGCCAACCGCAACCUGCCACAGCAGUAAAAACCAAAGGGAACCAAUGGUUCAAGAGAUUUGCCCUCAGAGUCCUGGACCAGUCAAAGCUCAAGAUGUCAGCCCUCAGAGUCCUGGUCCAGUCAAAGCCCAAGAUGUCAGCCCUCAGAGUCCUGGUCCAGUCAAAGCCCAAGAUGUCAGCCCUCAGAGUCCUGGUCCAGUCAAAGCCCAAGAUGUCAGCCCUCAGGGUCCUGGUCCAGUCAAAUCUGAGGAAGACAACUUGCAGAUCCCAACUCGAGAUUGCUUGAACAACGAGAAGAUAAGGGCUGUUCCUCAUCGGAGCAGGUUUGCAGCUGGCAUUGUUCCAUUUGAAGAAACGCCAGAGUUCACUGAGGUUGCUGAAGCCACAGGGACAUACCUUAGGAUCAAAGACUUGCUUAAAAGUUCCCCUCGAAGUUUGGCGAAAAAAAAUUAACAAAUGUACCAUCUUCCUUUGAGACACAAGGAUACGUGAAAACCUCUAUUUUUAUUUUCAACAUUGUUCAUUACCAUUCUUUCAACUGUUUUUCAUUUUGUACCAAGUUGAAUGUCUCUGCUUUGUAUCUAUUUGAUCUGUAAACAUACCACCAGGGAUAGGCAUUUAAGGUUACGCUGCAGAUUUUGACCAAUUAGUCUUUUUUGUAGCAGUUGUUACUCAUGCUGUUAAUUUUAUUGUAAAUCUUAUCAAAUAGUAAUUAACUGAUCUGUAUUAAUGUCAUGUUUAAAUAGCGUUUUCUAUUUUUGUCGCACUCAGUACAAUGAGUAAAAAUGCUUUCCCUUGCUUCAGUGAAUUAUUUCAUCUGGCAGCCAUGGAUUUGAUUUAUUGUUGAUGGCAAAAUGAUUGCCUGGUGUUUUUUUCUUGAGCAGAAAAUAGAAUACAGACUAAUUGUAUUGCUAAUAAUUUCACAUAUGCAAUUGAGAACUUUUUAUUUUUUUAGAAAGACAUUGCAUACUGUUUUAAAGUUAAAGGAAUUUCCCAACAUUG